CGCAGAUGCUCAUAUACAGGAGCCAUUUUGACAUCUUUCUCAGACGACGCCAAACCAUACAGAGGUAACUAUAUAUUCACUGAAUUCUAAUAAUUAUCGGGUAAAUGUACCAACAUUUCAUUGUUCAUUUCAACAAUGCCUUUUGCUUUCCUAUAGAAAAUAACUGACUUUGACAUUACUUUCUAAUCAACGUUAGCUUUGCAAUUUAGCAAGCCAACGUGUUCAUGUCGAUGAAGGAAUUUAAGAGAUUAAAACGUUAACGAGCUAGCUAGUGUUAGCCAUGAUUAUUACUAGGCCCCAGUCCUCCUGUGUGACUUUACUCGGCAUGCAACGUUACUCUAUUUCGAGUACCAAUGUUGACUUGUUUUUUCACAUUAUUUACGGUUACAACUGGAUUGUAUUUCAAAGUCAAAUUCGGUCUAGUAGCUAGCCAACGUUAACUAGCUAACAACGUCGUUAGAUGUUACCUACAAAAUGGCCGUCCGCUAAUGCACGUUUCACUAGCUAACGUUAGGUAGCUAACGUUAAAGCUAAAGUAGCUAGCUAUCUUUUUGUACGUCGGCGUGGCAACAAAUGUUAUUUUACUGCCGCUGUUUAGGUAACGUUAGCUAUUUACCAGCUAAUAAUCUAGCUGACGUUGCAGGGUAGGCCAAAUCUGGGCCAGGUCGUGUUUACUGUGUGUAUUUAAAUGGCUAAUGUGACUGGUUUAACGUUCGCCUGCUAACGCUUAGCUAGUUGGCUAACUAUCCUUUGUUUGUGUGCUGCCUGUUUUUUGGCUAGCGUCUAUCAAGAUAACGUCAGCAAAAGGUACCCACCAAAAGGUUAUGGUGGGUACUUGGUUAGUCGCCAUGGUUGAAUUUCCCACAGAUUCCCAGGUAACUAACUAGUUAAGUUGGCCAGCUAAAUUAUAGAGAAUGCAUAACGUUAGCUAAUUUAUUGUACGGGUAAAACAUGGCUGCCUUAUAUCGCCUAAAUUGUAUGGCUUCAUGGCUAGCGCUUCUCCUGGUGCCAUCCAUAUGUAAAAUUAUGUGUUGUCUUUCACACGAAAUAAGAAUUUCCAUGGUCACAUUCUUCAAACAGUGAAUGUCUUCUAAACAAUGUUUGUAGGCCAGACAAUGUUUUUUCUUCUCUCUUUAGAUAAUCCAAGAUGUCUGACGAAGGGAAGCUUUUUGUUGGAGGAUUGUGUUUUGACACAGAUGAAACUUCACUGGAAGAGGCGUUUUCCAAGUAUGGAAACAUUGCUAAAGGUAUGUUGCCUCUCCAGGUCCCUGUUAAGCAAAGUUUCUUGUGCCGCCUCAAGUGGACUUUGGUCAUAUUGUGUAAAUUUUGAGUGUGUGGUUGAUGUUUUUAUUCUCUCCAGUCGAUGUUGUCAGAGACCGAGAGACGCGGCGGUCCAGGGGUUUCGGCUUUGUGACUUUUGAAAACCCUGAAGAUGCCAAAGACGCAAUGGUUGCAAUGAAUGGCAAGGUGAGGGGAUUCUUUCCCCAGACACAUGAAGAUCUUUGACUGAUAUAAAUCACUGAUAUUAUAAUUGAUUACCCCCCCUGUUCUUCAGUCUGUCGAUGGCAGAAUGAUCCGUGUGGAUGAAGCAGGCAAGUCGGGAGGAAGAUCUGACCGUGGUGGUGGUGGCGGCAGCUUCAGGGGGGGUUCUGGUGGCUUCAGGGGCGGUUCUGGUGGCUUCAGAGGAGGCAGAGGAAGAGGUGGGCAUGGUUAUUUAGGAGGUAAGGGCUGGCAUUGCAAAGUGGUUAGUUUCCAUUUGCUCUAAGUCACGCCCCUCCUUUUUUUGUUUACCUUGAUCCAAACUAAAGGGCCUUUGACUGAAAUCCUCUUUUUGUCCAAGGUGGUGGCGGCUAUGGUGGAGGAGACAGAAGCUAUGGUGGAGGAGAGAGAAGCUAUGGUGGAGGAGAGAGAAGCUAUGGGGGUGACAGAAGCUAUGGCGGAGGAGGAGACAGAAGUUACAGUGGUGGCUACAGGAGUGGUGGUGGAGGAGGAUACUCCUCUGGGGGUGGUAGCGGAGGUUACAGAGAGGGCAGGUAAGACUUAGAGAAAACAAGACCAUUAAACUAAGUGCUGACUAUUAAGUAAUCAGUCAGAUGGUUUUAAUAUGAUUUGAGCUACGGAGGUUGUAUUUCUAGCAUAAUCAUGUACUUGACCCAAUGUAUUUUCCUUGGUUUCAGUUAACCAGCAUUCAUAUGUGCUCUUUUUUUUAGGAGUGGAGGAGAUGGUGGUUACGGUGGCCGCUCUGGGGGAUCCUACAGAGACAGCUAUGACAGCUAUGGUAAGUAUAAUGAUGUAGCCUAGUUGCCAUGAUCUCACUGUAGGUAUGGACUAGAAAUGUUUAGUACGGACUGGACAUGAGUGCAUAGACUCCAGGAAUGGCCCUGUAAGACUUUGUUGCUCAGUAUGCGAAAGCCUGUGCCCUCUUGGAUUAGUAUGUUAAAAUACUCACGUCUGCUCAAAAAUCCAGCUCUCUGCCACCCACCCAGAAGCAGAAAGACAUUUCUAGAUUUUUUUCGCUGAGUCAGUUUUCUUUUGAAGAGGCAUAAGUUCACUUCCAAUGGCCCUUGCCCUGAUGCUAUACUGUUGCAAUGAGAACCUUAUGAGAACUGUGGCACAAAAUAUGAAUAGGUUCUAGUCUACUGUGUGAGAAAUGUCCGAAUGCUGCAGUGCCUUUACACUUGUGGCUUCUUCUUGUCCUCAGCUACACACGAGUAAAAACAAAAACAAACUUCCUGAUUGCAAGAUCGUCCCUUCGCUGGCUGUUUUUUAAAAGAUGCUCUCUUCGAAGACAAUUUUUCCUUCUGUUUGUGGUAUCUGGUUCUAGUGUUUUCUUUAACAAACUUGGCAGUACCUUUAGUUUUUUUUUUUUAUUGUGUUGAAAGUGUUCUACAGGAUCUCUGUCAUCCUGUAGCGUUUUAUUACUGUAAGCCUUGACGCUCACUAAGGGUCUUAGUACCUUAAGUUCAGUAUGCCCUCCUGGUGUUGCAGGAAGAAUGGACACUGGGAGAAUCAAAUUAGAUCAUUAAUGGCUUUAUUUGCAAUGAAACCUGUUUCCACCGUUGAAUCGUAAUCUGUUCAACACAGCCUGAUAGCUUCUAAGACAAAUUCAGUCUUGACCAUGUUCCUGCUCAAUCGGAAGACUCAAAUAUCAGUAGUGACAUGUUUCCAUUUAAGCUUAUUUUUAACUGGAGUUGUGAAUUCUGGUCUUUUUAACAAAACGAUCUAUGAAAUUUACACUAGAAGCUUGACAAGCUGUGAUGUGCUCCUUCAGUUCUGUAAUGCAUUCCUUUAGUGUAACAAGGUAGGAAUGCUAAGUGGGAGCACCGGUUUCCAGCAGACCACCUUGAUAUUGCUAAAGACUUGUAAAUACUCAGUAUCCAAAGAGUGAAUGACUUUGACUGGCGAACCAACUUCAUUUAAUUGAAAGGCAUACUAGGUGUUUGCAGCCUUCUGCAGUUGGCCUAAGGUACUUUGCUCUUCUCAAACGUGCAUAAUAUGCUCGACGAUGGACUGAACAUUCACGAUCACUCAAUGUUACUUCAAGGAUAUGUGCUCUCUGUUCUGUGUACAAACACCUCUAUUUUUUUUGUAUAUCCUGGCUUCAUGAAGCCUAUUAAACAAUCCGUUGAAAAUGCUCUGAUUUCUUGUGCCUUCAAAGAAUUUAAGCCUGUUCACACUGAGCCAGCUGAAUGUUAUGCAAUGCGAGUCUGGUAGGGAGAGAUGUAGUAAGUGGUUUGAGAGAAAUUAUAGCAUAGUCUCUGCUGGAAAGGGUAUUCUGAAAGGCGGGAUCUCAUUUUGGAAGGGUGGCUGGGUGUAAUGGUCUUUGGGAAUAUUGGGACUUUUUCUGAAUUAAUACUCAGAGGCUGCUAAAAGAUCUACCAUGAUGCUGAAGCUAGUCAUUGUGUGUGUGUGUGGGGGGGGGGGGGGGGGGGGGGGGGUGUUGAAAGCAGAAUAGAAAUGAAAUGUCAUCCUGGUGCUGGCACUGGUUAUUUUAUAAUGCUUCAUUGCGCCCAAGAGCUCUACUAUCGUUUUGGAACUCAACAAAGUCCUUGGAGAAUGAAGUGUUGUGCCUACCGACACGUCAAUCCUCUCUGGCGAAUGCUGCUCUCUUGGCUAGUUCAUAAGUGGAAAUAGGCCAGUAAUGUGAGGUAAAGACUUUUGCUCUCCUGUUCGCAUCCCUCAAAGUUCUCAUUUUGAUGUCCAUCUUAUCUACCUUCAACUUUGCCCAACUACCGCUGUCACUUCCUCAGGCCCUAGCCGUUACUUUUCAGAACCCCGAGUUGCAUGAGUACGUCCAGUAGCGUAUCCUGUUUUUGUUUUUUGUGGAGAAUUUUCACCCUGUCCCCCAUAGACCAUGGACUACUAGAGACUCUGAAAAUGACCAUUGAGCUUUUGAAAAUUCCAUAAGUCCUCAUUGCUCAAGUAUCCCUAGUGUAAAACAAGAUCCUCCCAGUUUUGAUCUCUUUGUGCAAGUACUGUUCUCCCAGUGAUUGCAAAGUUGUCUUCAUCUUAAAGGUAGACUCAGCAAAAUUACGUUGCCACAAGCAGAAGCGCAGAUAUUGGGAUGAAAGAGACUUCAUUCGGUCACACAGUAUCUGUGCAUGGGUUUGCUUCAGUGUUUUAGCCAGGGCACCAUAACAGCGGAGAAGUUGAGCCUCGUGCUUCAAUGCUCUUAGUAGUUGCGGAAAUUGACCCACUAUGAUGUUCACUUUCUGCAUCUACGUCAUAUCGCUGAGUCUACCUUUAAAUUCUAGACAGAUAUCGCCUUUCUACUUUUGCUUGUGAGGUUUAUCACUAUGUAAUUUGUGUUGUAUAAAUGUCUAACAUUCAAUCAACUUUGAUAGGAUAACACUGUCUAAUGCUAAAAGUGUAAUGCUGUUCAGCACAUCUAGUUCUUCAUGUUGCUAAUGAUAAGCAAAUGCAUGUCAUAUUGUUGCCCGCAAAAGCUGUACUCAACUAAUUACUCUCUCGUUACUCGAUCAGGUUGAACUAAGCGUCGUAUGUGAAAGUCUGCUCUAACACGAGGCCUGGGUACUUCGACGCUGACUGGUUCGUUCCAGUGCUUCCUUGGAGGUGGGUAUCCUCUGACGUGUACUGAAUGCCUUUGAGCUGAAGUCAUGGGCCCUGUUUACAUUCCACCUAAAAAUUACGUAAUCACUGAUCCGACAAAUCUAUUGGUGAAAGCAGUGUUGUGGAACCCUGCUUUUACCUGUCCUUCAGUCUGAGAUCAGGUAUCGCUCAAGGAAGGGUUCAUAUUUACAAUAUACAACCAGUGCAUGUUUUAAAUUGGCUUGUAAGGCUACGAUCCCACUCAGAUACAUGAACACUGAUGAAAUUGUAUACGACCUACAUUGUCUGUUUGUCCAUCAAAGGUACAAGUCAACUUUUGGACGUGUUUGGAAGAGUUGCAUUCGUCGAAGGACAGAGUUCUUUUUUUUUUUUUUUAUUCCAAUCCCAGUGACUACGGCCUUGUGGUGGAAACUCCCUACAGAAUAUGCUUACACCAAUCCAUUGCUUUUAAAUGUGGGGAGAAGUACACACUUGGUGAGAAUUGGGAUGCAUGCUGCUGAUCUGUCAACUAUUAACGGUAGCAUAUAGUCCACAUGGUGCAACUGACUUGAGUUUACAAUUCUAGAAGUGCAGAAUGUAGUACAGGAGUCCUCAUCUGUCAUUUUACUGUAUUUCUUCUCUGACUAAUUCUAACUUUAUUCCAGGUUCACCACAGGAUGGUUUGCCUAGAAAUGGCAAACAGCUCCUUGGAAAAUUGCCACCAGGAGAGAAAUCUUUAAGACCGAAUUAGAGAUGUGCUGCUGAACUGGACUUGUUGUUUAGUCGAGACCUGCCUUGGACAUCAAAUCUGGUAUUCAGAUAUGCACUAUACUAUCUCCAUGACAUUUACCAAACGGAUUGUCAUUCUGGUGUGCCAAUGCAGUACCUGUAUUACCAGCAUACACGACUAUGUUGACAUUAUUGUGUAAAGUACUCAAAUGAACAGUCUUGGAAAUUGAUGAAUGGAUUAAAUAUAUAUUUUUUCAAAUUGGUUUCGUAUCUGUUGCAUAUUCUUAUUAGGACAUUCCUGUAAUGUCAACUUUUAGUUGUAGUACAGUGCAUACGAAAAUAUAUUUCUGAUGGUGAAUUGACUGUUUCAGGACUACUCACUGGAGUAGUUGAUCCUCCAAUUUAAUAAAUAUUUACUUUGAUAAAAAAUACAUCUUUAAUGAUUUUCCUUGAGCCAGUGGAGGGUCUUAUCUUCUGAAUAUUCAUAAGAUGGGCGUAACUGCAAGGGACGUCAAUACAUAUACCGGGAGGCCCCGCAUCUCAUUCAUUCCCAUCUGCUGCAGGUCGGUCGCAAUAGAUUCUCAGUGUUUUGUCAGAGGUAAGAGAUUGUAAUAAUAUUUUAUACAUGUUCGUGUUGGUGAACGUAUUUUAUUUAAUUCGGGACAGGAGCCACUAAGCUAGUGGCACGCUAAAUUAGUGUCUGACAUCACCCGAGGAGGAGCCUGACCGUGGCUCAAGAUUUAGCUAGCGAGCAGGUAGCCUACGAUAACAUCCUCACGAUAGUACAUUAUUGUGUCCGAUUUAUCGACAAUUAUAUUGUGGUGUGCAAUGAUAUUGCAUUCGCCAAAAUAAAGCCGAUGUCUACAUUUUGCUAUGCGAGCGAGCGUACUCUAACGUUAGUCGAUGCAAUGACGCAGUGAUAGCUGGCAAGUCGGUGGCGAUUAGUACUCAUAAAUGGCGCCGUUGUGGUUGUUGGACAAUGUUGAACAAAGGGAGUUGCAUCUAGGCCUAGGACAUGUGGGGGCGGGGAAAACGUCGAUUUAUUUUGCAAAUACACGAGUUCGCUUACUGAUUUGGAAUAAAAACGGUAAACUGAAUCGCACCCACUCAUCUGCUUGUGGAGCGAUGACCGCUUUUUGUUGUUGCGAAAACGCUAAUUUCAUUGGCUAGGUGCCGUAAACUAGCUAGGUACGGUAUAUUGGGGAAGGGUGGACGGGAGGGCAGCACAAGCUAGCUACCGAGGGGGCAGGGUGGUCUUGGGCCUUUAUGAGCUAAGCCCCCAAUAUGCAUUUGUGCUUCACUUGCUGGCACUUGACUGGUUUAUAUCAAACUCUUGCUAGGCUACCUUGAUUUUGGUAAUAGAACAUACUUGGCUUUGGGUACAAAUACAAAACAGAAUCAUGCCAAAUCAACGGUUAGAAUUACAUUUUUGUGUUAUUGCGUGUGUAUUUGCACUAUUUUUUAUUAUUAUUGUUUUUACAUUUGCACCAUUGCAAGAAUAGAACAUGAAGAGGUUUGCAUCCAAUAAUAACCUGCUAACCAGGGGCGUAGGCAUGGGUGGACCUAGGGAGCCUGGCCAACCUAAUCAGAUUGAGCAACAACAACCACAAAAACAUUAUUAUAUAUACUCCCCCGUUGGCCCAUCCAAAUUUCUGCCAAAGGCCCUGCUGCUAACAAUUUAAAUCAUUGCAUCCAUAAUAAACAUAUUUCUUUCCUUCUGCAGUGGUGAAAAGGAAGGAUGUCUGACGAAGGGAAGCUUUUUGUGGGUGGCCUCAGCUUUGACACUAAUGAACAGUCAUUAGAAGAUGUAUUCUCCAAAUAUGGGCAAAUAUCUGAAGGUAAGCAACUGUAACUGUUGGAUAUUGGGUGCAAUGUAAAUUGUUUUCAAAAAAUGUAUCUAGUGGUCCACUAUUUGAAAAUGCUUUGGAUGAUACCCAUCUUGCAAAGUUGCCUUGUGUGUCUAUAGUCUUUAACUUCAUUUUUUCUCUGUCUAGUUGUUGUAAUUAAAGACAGAGAAACUCAGAGGUCCAGGGGCUUCGGUUUCGUCACCUUCGAGAACCCAGAUGAGGCCAAGGAUGCUAUGCUGGCCAUGAACGGCAAGGUGACAAUUAAACCUAAACUCCGCCCUGGAACACAACUCUGUCUUGACUGUGCAACGACGAUAUUAAUGGUGUAUUCUUUAUUUUAUCUUCCCCAACCUUCUCUGUCAGUCUCUUGAUGGCAGACAGAUCCGUGUCGACCAGGCCGGCAAAUCUGGCGGCGGUGGCGGCGGUGGAAGGUCCGGAGGCGGAUUCCGAGGGGGCUCUUCAGGCGGCAGAGGAGGUGGAGGAGGAUACUUCCGUGGAGGCAGAGGUGGUGGUGGAAGAGGUGGGCGUGGCUUCUCACGAGGCAAGUUUGUUGUUUUCUAUCCUACAGCAUCCUGACCUUGAGUGUCCCUCCCUCGUUUGCCUUGGAAUGACUGACACCCCAGUCCCAACCCUACAAAGAUGUCCUCCUCACACCUGAGCUAGCCUGGAAUUCUGUGACUAACCAGAAGUAGUCAGUGCGUGUAACCCAUGCUCUGACCCUCCCCUCUGGUCCCUCAUCCUUAAUAACCACUCCUACGUCCCCAUGUCUUUUUGUUUUGCAGUGACUGCUGCCGUUGUCUAGUAGCUGUAGAUGUUUGAAUGAAACAUCUGUUGGGCUACUGAUAGCAUGUCCAAACUGAAGAGUGGUGUUCGUUAUUCUCUUAUCAACUAAUUUAACCAUAAGAUGAAUGCAUGGCUGCUUUUAGCCUACCUUGAGGCAGCUGUUAACCACAAGUUAUAUUACAGGUGGUGGAGACCGGGGAUAUGGUGGUGGACGUUACGACAACAGAAGUGGAGGCUCAUACGGAUCAGAAAGAGGCUACUACAACAAAGACAGGUGAAUAGUGAUGAUAUACCACGUCAGCAACAUAAAUGAACAUUUGCAUAUACAUAGCUACUGCAUGUUAGGCAAUUGAUAGAAUUUAGGAAGACAAAGGAAAGGUGAAGAGUAUAGAUCCUAUAGGUUAAUCACAAUGCAUUUUAAGAAGCUAUGUGCCCAUUUUGACAGUAGGCAAGCACUUUUAGGAAGACCGUUUUGAAUUUGAUGUUACUCAACUUGCUUCUGCUCGUCCAAUUCUUGUUUACUGAUGUACAUUUCUUCUGUCAACAGAGCGCAAGGAGGAGGAUACGGAGAUCGUUCAGGAGGUUCGUACAGAGACAGCUACGAUAGCUAUGGUGAGGCUUCUUAUAAGCUUACACAAGUGUAGGGAGUCAGGAUAGGCAGCCAAUCUGGUGCCUGGACAGCCACAUCCCUGCAAGCUACCAUAGAUUUGGAAUCGGCCAAGCGACACCAGAGCUGAGGCAGGUUCUUGGCCUGGGCUCCUCUCAGACCAGGUUUGCCUCCUAUGGUCUUGGGCCAACUGAUGGAUGAAAAGAUCAGUGAAAUUAGUCAUUUUCUCAAUGCAUGAAGCCUUUCUUUAGUCAUGUGUAAUGGAGAAAUGGGUUCCCUGUUCCCAUUGUUUCCCAGCCAUAUUGAGAAAUACACCCUCCCAAGUUACGCUUUUGGUGUUUCACAGUAUGUGGUACAUAAUUCAUCUUCAAGAAUUACGAGGAGUAAUGCAAGUGAACCUAGUGGUGGACACUGGGCAUUUCCUACAAACCGAUGCCCUACCAGGUUAGUAUUGGAAAAUGGGAGUCAUUUGAUGCUCAUUAAAGGUAUGCGGUAUAGGAAAGACCCAGGAUACCACUUCAGCUCAGCAUCCAUUCCUUUAGGGAGCAUCAGUGGAAGAGAGGGUCUGCAGAUGGUUCUUAGUUUACUUGUGUUUCCCUCCUUGUUGGAGAACCUGGGACCUCGUCAUUAACCACUGGGCUUUCUCUUCUCUGAACAGGCGGUGCUGUUAUCAGUGGUGCACAGUGAGGCUGCCUCCUGUAGUUGAAAUAUGUUGAACUGAAGAAACAAUAUGUUGAAGGCCCAGUUUAGCACUGCAGAAAGCCAAGGUAGGCUGACCUCGGUCUGCAACUGUCUUGGCGCGAGCUGUCCUACAGGGGUCAUAGCAUUAGCGCUCUACUUCCUGCUUUUCUUGUCAUACGCUUUUUCUCUUGUAGCAGCUUUUUUGUAGAGGUGUAUUUUCCUUUGCUUCUUUGCCUUGCAGUACAAGGAUCUGCACACACACACACACACAAUGGAGCCAGUCACCUUUCUGGUUGACGUAAUUUGCAUAGAGUAGUAGCAGGAUUGUCCUAUCUGUCUGCUCUUUAGUUUUUUUUCUGAAAGUUUUCUGUCCAUGGAAUAGGCCAACGUAAGAUUUCUUUCAUCGAGCAGAGAUUGACUGCGCUUGCUGAAUGGAAACAAAAAAGUUCUCAAUCAGAUGGCCUGCUUUCAGAUAGAGUAUUUGUCAUAGAAAAUGUCAUUCACACCAGCAUAAUUUGCUACCACAUCUAAGUAUCUUCAAAAGGAAUUAGCGUUCAGUAGCAGCAGGGCCCCUUUCGAGAGAUGAGCCCCCUACCAUCCACAGAAUCAAGGUAACCUGUGUGUGUCUUUCCAACUUCUCUGCAGGUGACGAGGGCGGCUGGUAGGACAGUGGCGUCCGGAUGUCUGUCGUCUGGGCACGGCCCCUCACCCCGAACCGGCGGCCCCAUCCCGAUGACGGCGGGCCUGGCCUGGUCCUAGCCCAGCGCCUGCUGCUCCGCGACACUUUUAAAUCUUCUUCUGAAACCCACCAUGUAGAUAAGAGCAGUCCUGGAUAAGUGCGGGGAGGGCUGGCUUGCACUCCGAGCCACCCACCACCGGUCUGUUCCAAGUUUUUGUUUUUUACUUUCUGAUCCUCCUUAUUUGUUAUUGAAAACCGCAGAGAACGACAUUUUCAUUUACAGUUUUUGUGGGGAGCUCGAAAGAGCAAGGCUCAUGUGCUGUAG